UGAACAAUUUCUUAAGGCGGGCUUAAAACACCUAUUGUAGACGGGCACUAACUCUUAAAAUAGAGAAAGAUGAAGGGUAAAUUAAACCGCGAUUAAAGUUAACCUAGGCGUUGAUAGAAAUGGACAUAAAAGCUAUGCGAUAGCCAAUCAAUUUACAACUUUUUUGCAAGAAUGGAAUUUGCACACACGUUUAUCUACGAAUGAAUUCAAGAAUUCAAGCACCUGAAAAUCUAUCACGCAUACGCUGUAGAUUUUCAGCGCAUUUCAGGAUGCACCUUUAAAGCCCUAGCUGAGUCUGUUCCUUUUAACGUCGCUCCGCGCAUCGCGUAUCUCUGAAAAAGCUACAAUGAACUAAAACUGUAAGAUUGAUAUAUGCGAAGAAACUUUUGAAGAAACAAAAUCUCCGCGUCUCGCGCGCUUGACUUGCAAAUUAUUUUUUGGGGGGAGGCGGAGGAAUUAAUACUAGCUGCCGGCUAUUUGUAAUAAUUACAAUAAUUGCUGAAUUAACUAUUACGAGAUACCGCCGCACCUAUAAACUAACUAUUUCCGGCCGAUUCAUUUUUUGUUAGUUUUCAGAGCAAUUAAUUUGCACGAGCGACCUGCUUGCGCAAUCUCUAAAAAAAAAGAGCAGAUCGGAGCAAGUUAAUGAGUUUCAUGACGAUCUCGCGCAGAAAAACGUUCGUGUGGGGGAGGGGGAGAGCGUUUAGUAAGGUUUUUUCCCUCUCGGUUGCGAUACCGCCUUGUCUUCUCCGGUCUCCUCGUGGAUUUCAGUCGGGAUCGCCGUCUGGCUCGCGCCGGUGGUCGAUGGCACACGCGAGGUGUCCAAGAUGGCGUCGCUCGUUGACAGCUACGAGCAACAGUACGCCGUUCUGACAGCUGACAUCACCGCGAAAAUCGCCCGGAUAAGGCUCCAAAGCGGCGGUGAGAAAAGGGCCUUCGUCCAGGAUGUCGACCGGCAGAUCGAGGAGGCGCAGGAGCUGUUGGAGCAAAUGGAGCUGGAGGUUCGUGGGAUGAACGGGGCGGCACGCGAUCGCCUACGCGGUCGCGUAGAGAGUCACAGAGCUGAAUUGAAGCGCUUGACCCAGGAAUUUCAAGCUGCGAAGAAACCGAAGGAGGAUUUUACGGAGAUCACGGUGGAGGAGCCUUGGGAGAAUAACGUGACGGAAGAUCAGAGGAAAAGACUGUUGGACGCCUCGGAAAAAAUAGAACGAUCAGGGCGAACUUUACAGAAUGGUUAUCGUAUGGCUUUGGAGACGGAGGAGAUCGGUUCUCAGGUGCUGAAAGAGCUCCACGAGCAGCGAGAAACGAUACAACGAGGCAGAGGGAGAUUACGCGAAACGGAUACGGAAUUAGGACGAGGGUCUCGGUUAUUAUCGGGAAUGAUCUUUCGGAGCCUUCAACAGAGAAUUAUUUUGGCAGGAGUAGCGUUAGUACUGAUAAUCGUCGCGUGCUUUGUGAUAUACUAUAGUUUUAAGAGUUAAAGAACAGACAUUGUUGUUUUUUUUUCUUUGGCCAGAUCCACCAGAUGUGGUUUGGAAGUCGUAUUUAUUAUCAGAGACUUCAAAAUGUUAUUUCUAUCAAAUUGCGAGGUAAUUCUGUAUUAUAUCGUCUAUUCAAUCUUUCGAGCUUGUUUGUCACAUUUUGCCUCGGGACACGUUCUUCGAUCUUUUGCUAUACGUUUAUUUUCCCAUCAACUUGAUCGGCCACUGGACUGAACCAUGAUCUCUUAUACAAAGCCCAUGUCUCAAGCGAGCAAGUAAAACUGGCAGAAUGUCAUCAAACAAGAACAAAAGGAUCCCGUUUAAUGUUAUUAUUAUUAUGUAAAGUCUUGUAUAAAAAAAUAUUGACCCAUUCCUCGUAAGGUAAAUUUGAAAACGGUUUUACGAUCCUCUUCCAUUUGCGCAUUAGAAUUAAUCAACUAAAACUGUAUUGAAGCAGUGAACGAUUAUCAGAUGCAUUAUUUUCAAGUACAUCGGGUAGGAUCGUAAAACCGUUUGAAUAUUGUUAUCCGAGCGGCAUCCCGGAAUCUUGACCAGCGGUUAACACAUUGCCCUGCGUUCAAGCUUCUAAAGAUGUUUCGAACCACAAAAUAUAUUCAACAAGAAAUGUA